AUGAAACCAGUUGAUGUUCCGAAAGACGAAAGUGGUAAUUACAUACUGCCAAUUGAGCUUGGCAGAUUGAAGUUGCUAUCUCUAGGAGAGAUUAUACCCGAAGAAGGCUUUUUUAACCAAAACUAUAUAUUCCCUGUGGGGUACGCCAUACAAAGAACUUAUAAAAGCAUGGUUCACGAAGAUGAAUAUACAGUGUAUACCUGUUCGAUUGACAAGGACGAGAACAACAAACCACUUUUCUGUUUAGAGGCAGAAGAUGCUCCUGAAAUAGUGAUACGGAAACCUACUCCUACUGCUGCUUGGUCUGAAGUAUUGAGAAGAUCAAACAUUUUGCGUAAGAAAGAGUUCAAGAAUACAGUGUCUGGGCCAGAAUACUAUGGUUUUUCGUUACCGACUGUGAAAAAACUGAUACAGGAUCUUCCCCGCGCAAAUGAAUGUGUAGGCUAUCAGAUGGUUGACUUUUGA